AUGCCUUCUUUAACUUUCAGUAUCUUUCAUCCAUUUUUGGUGGGAAAAUUUAUAUCGUACUUCAAACUCAAUCAAAGGGAAACAACAUUAAUGCAAGCUUUUGGUUAUAGUCUUGAACUUAUGGUAUUGGAAUUCGCCUACCAAUUGAUUCAAUCAUCUUACAACUUAUCAACUGCAAAUAUAAGCAUUAAAAUAAGGGUUGCCAUAUCUUCGAUUAUUUUCAGAAAAGUUCUAAAAAUUUCCAACGAGGUCCUGGGGAAGAUUAGCGUUGGGAAUGUUAUUUCUUUAAUGACAAAGGAUGUUGCUAUUGUCGAAAAAGGUUUAAAAUAUUCCAUGGAUUUUAUUAUAUGUAUAAUACAACUUUUAAUGACUUGUGUCGUGUUGUAUGUUAAUAUGGGAGCCAUAUCUUUAUCGGCAAUAUUGUUUAUGUUCCUCGUACUUGGAGUUGAAGUUUUAAUUGGUCAGUACAUUUCACACAUUAGAGUGUAUAUUGAUUACAAAACAGGAGAAAGAAUCAAAACUACAAAAGAAUGUUUGGCUUCACUUAAAGUCGUUAAAAUGCUGUCUUUGGAAAACUUUUUUCUGCAGAAAAUUUCUUACAUUAGAAGACUAGAGGUAAAUGGUAUGCUGAAAGACGCGUACGCAAAAUCGAUAAUACAAAUUUUGUGUGAAUUAUGUCCAGAUCUUAUGAUAUACAUUUUGGUGAUGUCUUACGUAUACAUGCAAGUUUAUUUGGAUGCUUCGUUGGUGUUCUAUAUCAUGUCGUGCGUUAGAUCGGUGAGAAUCAUAAUAACAUUUUUAGUUCCAGUGGCUAUCGGUGCCAUUGCUGACUUCAAAGGAGGCAUAACGAGAAUAAAUAGAAUUCUAAAUGAGGAAGAAAUGGAGGAAAAAGUUGAAGAGUUCAUCGAGAAACCGGAGUUAUCUCUAAAACAUGUUACUGUCAAAUUUGAACAAAAGGAAGUAAUUUCCAAUGCAUCGCUGGAUAUUAAGACUGGAAUAACCAGUGUUAUAGGUGGUUCUGGUUCAGGGAAAUCCACCCUUCUUCUGGCUAUUUUAAGGGAAAAUCCUUCGCAGGGAAACUUGGUAAGCAAAGGAAGAAUAUCUUACGCCAGUCAGGACCCUUGGUUGUUUCCGGGAAGCAUCAAACAAAACAUUUUGUUCGGCGAAGACUACAAGAUGAAAAGAUAUCACAAAGUGCUGAAAGUGUGUGGUUUGGAUUGGGGUUUAAUGAAUGUUCGGGACGGAGAGGAAACGUAUUUGCUAAAUGGGGGCUCAAACCUGAGCAAAGGACAACAAUCAAGAAUAAACUUAGCUAGAGCAGUUUAUAAAGAUAGCGACAUUUAUUUACUGGACGAUUGCUUAUCGUCUUUGGAUAAAAAAAUACAACGUCAGAUAAUUAACGGGAUGGUGGGCUAUUUGAAAGACAAAAUAUGCCUCAUCGUUACACAAAAUGACGAUCUUGUGAAAGCUUCAGAUUAUAUCCUCUCCCUGGAAAAUGGACAAGCUAAAUUAAUCACUAAUAACACUCUGGUAUCAAAAGAAGUAAUUAAUGAAUGUAUAGUUGGUGAUAUAGAGCAAACAACACCACAUAAAGAAAGAAAUAUAGAUGAAUGUACAGAAGAAACCAACCUAGUAAUAGAACCCAAAAACUUUUAUUCAGAAAUCCAAAAUUCAGGAAAAGUCCAACUGAAAUAUUACUUAAAGUACAUGAAAUUUGGUAGGGGUUACUUCGUAUAUAUUUUAAUAUUGCUAUUGUUUGGCGCAUCUCAAUACGCUGAAAAUAACUCUACAAAAAAUUUGACCAAACUGAUCGACAUUGAACAACAAAAGCUCACUUUUCUCGAAAAUGCCACAGCGUAUUCCAUAACUUCAGAAAAAUCAAACGAAACAACCAAAAUGUACGGGAUUUUACUGUUUUUAGCUCUUGGGUUGACAUUAAUAAAAGUUUUGCUUUUCUAUGAUUUCGCAAAAACUGUGAGCAUCAAAGUGCAUAAAAAAUUAACGUCGAAAAUAUUGAACAGCACUAUGAGAUUCAUUGAUACGCAUCUACUUGGCAGUGUUUUAAACAGAUUUUCGCAGGAUCUUAAUAAUAUAGACGAAAUUCUGCCAAUGAAUUUUCUUAAUUUUAUUAGGGCACUAAGUGGUCUUAGCGGAAUAAUUAUAUUGAUUGUGAUGGUUCACUACAAACUGAUUCUACCAAUACUGGUUUUAUCGAUAAUAUUAGCUUUGAUAUGGAAAUUUUGCAUCUCUUCCACAAGAAGUUUGAAAAGAUUGGAAACGUCCAGUAGAAGUCCAUUUAUUGGACAUAUAAAUGCAACAGUGGAUGGAAUAAAAACUAUUAGAGCUCACAAUUGCUCGAAAGUUCAAAAUAAAAUUUUCGAAGAAUAUCAUGAUUCAUACAUGUCAACUUAUUACAGCGGCAUGGUGGCAUCUCUAGGAUAUUUGUUUUAUAUGAAUAUUACUUGUUUUAUAGUUAUCUAUGCCAUCGUUUGGUCUUUUAUGUUUAUAUUGACAGGUAUUUCUGCUGGAAAUGUGGGUUUAACACUAGUAGAACUAUUUUCUAUAACUAAAAACAUAACAAUGUUGUUCAGAACAUUCACAGACUCUGAAAUGAUGAUGACAUCUUUCGAAAGAGUCAUGGAAUACACGGAAAAUGAACAGGAAAAUAAAAAUGGCGUUGAUUUUGAAGAUUUUCCCAAAGAAGCAUCGAUUAAAUUUAAAAAUGUUAGCAUGGCCUAUGACGAAAUUCAGGUUCUGAGUGAUAUAAAUUUGUCCGUUGAACCUCGGCAAAAGGUUGGAAUAAUUGGUAAAAGUGGAUCCGGAAAAUCUUCAAUGUUAUCGUUACUUAUGAGGCUGUACGAGUAUGAUGGAGACAUUUCCAUUGGCGAUAUUGAUAUAAAGAGUAUUCCUUUGGAAUCACUGCGUGGUAAUAUAGAUGUUAUUCCUCAAGACCCAGUAUUAUUUUCUUCGAGCAUGAGAGAUAAUUUGGAUCCCUUCGAACAACACACAGAUGAAAAAAUAUGGGAGGUGAUAAAAAAGUUAAACAUAACCCAUGUAGUACCAACGUUACACGACGAAAUAGACCCUGCAAAAUAUAGUGGCGGCGAAAAACAAUUGAUUUGCUUAGCCAGAGCCAUGUUGAGAAAAAGCAAAAUUUUAAUCAUGGAUGAAGCCACCGCCUACGUCGAUGUGGACAUUGAACAAUUUUUGAGAACCGUUAUUGAUCAACAUUUUCCUCAUUGCACCAUCAUUAGUAUAGCACAUAAAAUAAAUAGCCUCCAGGGUUACGAUAAAGUUUAUUUAUUGGAAAAUGGUACUUUAACUGAAUACUAUUUGUAA